AAGCUUUAGACUUUGAGCAAAUCCAAAGCCAAAGCCAAAGAGCCACCUUCCACUAACCGACCUCUGUUGCAUGCGUGUUGAAAAUUUUGAAAUUCCACACAUUUUCUCUGACUCCUCUCCUGGAUUCCAAGCCAUUAGCUUUCCGCCCUUUCCACCCUUUCACUCAAAACUAUAAACAGCCCAUUUACUAUAUUAAUUUACCUCUCUGGUCUCUCCCCCCCUACAUCCUCUCUCUGGUUUCUUACAAGCUUUGAGGCAAAAUGGGUAAUUGCUUUGCUCUUUGUAUUCCCAGCAAGAGGAGGGUUUUGUGGGUGGUGAAGAGGGAUGGGAAGAUGAUCCAAUUCCGGGGUCCAAUUCUUGUUAAGGAUGUGUUGGUGAAUUUUUCAGGGUUGGGUGUAGGUGUAUCAAGAGAGGCCCUGCAGCAUCUCCCAUCAGAUUAUGAGCUGAAGAUUGGCAAAGUGUAUUAUAUUCUUCCUUGCCCUUGUUCUUCUGGGGGUUCUGUCAGUGCCCCAGAGGUGUCAUCCAUGGCUGAUGAUGGAGGGCAGAAGGGAAGUGGGAUGAAGAGGAUCAAAGUGGUGAUUACAAAGCAGCAGCUCCAAGACUUGUUGUCAAAGCAAAUAUCAUUGGAGGAGCUGCUGCUGUCUCAGUCGGUUGAUUUAUCAUCACCCAGAAAUUGGAAGCCCAAGCUUGAUCCCAUCCCUGAAGGAAUCGAGUAGAAGAGCUGUGGGCACUGGGCACUGCAACCAACAGAUUUUCUGGUUAUUCAGAGAUGGAAAACAGACGAAGACCACAUAUAUUUCCUGUAAAUGGAGAAAUUGCUGUGUUGUUUUUUUUCUUUUUGGGAUUCUGGCAGCGAAACUCAAAAAUUUCUUACUGCAAA